UCAAUGGCAAGAAUGGUGGCUGUUUCAGUCUUUCUCAAAAAUUCGUGAUGUGAACAUCCUGUUUACGCGCUAUGUAAUCCUGAUUUCCUGAUUUGCCAUUGAUGUAUUGUAAUAGAGAAACGACUGUCGCCUGAGAGUCCGUGGAAUCGAUUUUUGUGUGUUGCAAAGAAUUUCAAGCACAAAAAUGAGCAAGCUGCAGGAUCCCAACUUGAUUAAGAAUCUUCUUGCCCUGAAGAAGAGGUCCCUGGAUGUCAAGUUCAACUUGAAUAACACCGACUACACUCCCAUCGAAAAUAUCGGCUCAGGGGCCUAUGGGGUCGUCUGCUGUGCCCAACAUAAGAAAACAAAGGACAAAGUCGCAAUAAAGAAAAUCCCAAAUGUCUUUGAUAUUGUUGUCACGGCCAAAAGAACUUACAGGGAGAUUAAAAUCCUCAAACAUUUCAAACACGACAAUGUUAUUUCGAUUCGUGAGAUUCUAAAACCUCCAGGAUCGCUUGCUGAUUUCAAGGAUGUUUACGUUGUGCUGGACCUGAUGGAAAGUGACCUUCAUCGAAUCAUUCACUCUCAUCAAGAGCUGACUGAGGAGCAUGUGCGAUUCUUCCUCUACCAGAUCCUCCGAGGGCUAAAGUAUAUUCAUUCCGCCAGCGUCAUUCACCGGGAUUUGAAGCCAAGUAACCUCUUGGUGAAUGAGAACUGUGAAUUGAAAGUAGGGGACUUUGGCAUGGCUCGUGGUGUCGCCACGAAGAAAGAUGACAGCAUGAUCUUCAUGACGCAGUAUGUUGCGACACGUUGGUACAGAGCACCAGAGCUUAUCAUGUCUUUCGUUGAUUAUUCUGCGGCUGUAGAUAUGUGGUCAGUCGGAUGCAUCUUUGGUGAGAUGCUUGGGAGAAAGCAACUUUUCCCAGGCAGAGAAGUCCUUUCCCAACUCCAGCUGAUAAUAAGCACACUUGGGACACCAUCAGAGGAGGUUAUGGAACAGUCCAAGUCUGACAUUGUCAGAGGACUUGUCAAAAGCCUUGGUCACAAGGAACGAGUCCCAUGGAAGUCAGUGUAUCCGAAGGCGUCCAAGAAAAGCAUUGACCUGCUGAGUAAGAUGCUCGUGAUUGAUCCAAGAGAGAGGAUUACAGCAGAAAAGGCGCUUAAGCAUCCCUUCUUGAAUAAAUACUACGACCCUGAUGACGAACCUGUCUGUCCCAUGUUUGACUUCAGUUUUGAAGAGAAGCCCAUGGACAGAGAUGACUUGAAACAAGCUAUUAUGACUGAAAUCAUGGACUACCACAAACCGAAGGAAAUACGUGUCGCAGGUGGACUACUGACUCCAGCAAACAAAGUACAAACAACAACAGAAUCACAGAAUCUACAUGAACCUGUUGUUAAUGCAGAAGGUGUUCUUGUUGCUGGUGGAUCUGCACCUCCUCAUGCCAUUUUGAACUACCCUCAGACUGUCAACAUUCAACCAGCUAAGCUGAAUGCCCCAGUGACAGUUGUCAAUGAGCCAGCAGACUUUCAAAAUUUCAUGACCCACCUUCAGAACCAAGUUGCAAAGCCUCCUGCGGUGACACAGGGUAUCUUGCAAGGUCAGGGGGUUCAGUCUGUUCCGUUAGGCAAUGCCUCUGUUCAGAUGGGACUAGCUGGGCAUACAGCUUGCCCUGCGGUCUCUUCCGCCAGAAGUGUGUCUGUUCCUGCUUCGCAAGCCGUGCCGACCAGUGUUAUUCAAACUUCAACUGAUCACUCUGGAUCUAAAACGAUGCGGUCUUUACUCCCAGAACAUUUACAACCAAGGUCUGUUGGAGGAGUGCACUCCAACCAGACGCCACUGUCUUUCCAGUUUGUCAAUCAAAUAGGCUCAACUCUGCAGCAUCAGCAAACUUCCGAGAGCCUUUUCAAAAAGCCAAGUGAACCUGCCACUCAAAAGUUCCCGAAAGGUCUACAAAAUAUCACGAUUUGUGCCAAGCACGCUUUAGAAGCCCCAACUAGUGAUGUUGAAAUGUUGAGUGCUCGGUCCAAUGAUGGACGGACAAUUGAUUCUGUAGAAAUGUUGAGUGCAAAAGCCGAUGGAAUGCCAUCUACUGUGAUCCCUACAUCAGCUAUUGAGACUGAUGUGAAGAAGCCGACUGCUAUUCUGCCCAAGCCUGGUACCCAAGUUCCCACUGCUGUACAACCAAAAGGAAGCCAAAUCGGACCACCUCCAAAGAAGACGACGGUAUCGGAAGAUACAAAAGCUCGGAUAAAAGAUGCCUUGCUUCAAGCUGGUAACAGGAAAAAGUUAGGUUCUUCAUCAGAUGAGGGCGGUGGUAGGAAUCGUCCCAUUACAGCUGUAUCGCGGCAGAAAGAGCGAGAGGAGAGGCGCAAGAAAAAGCUGGAGAAAGCAAUGGAGAGGAAGAAGAAACAAAGGGAGAAAGAUAAGCCCAAGUGUGAUCUGCUCCUGACCGAUGAGGACCGUGACCUGCUGAACAAAUGGACAAGUAUGCAGCAGACAACAAAACCAUUCGUGCAUCCAAUCAGACAACACUUGCCAGAGCUCAUAGCACUGAAACAUGAGUCCAUUAUCAGAAAGAACUGUGAUGAAAAUGUGGAACCGCUCGGAGGUGAUCAGCAGACCGAAUCAGGACAAACUCAUCAAAGUGUUGGUGUAUCCUCUGUUGUUUCCUCCAGCACAUCUGGUAUAUCUGUUAGUGCAGUACCAACGAACCCUGGCCGAGAGACUAAUGUUAUGGUGUUGAUAGAUGGUGCUGGGAACAUGCAGAAUUCAUCUGAUGCUGUGCACACUAUGCAGACUUUGGUGGCUGAGAUUCCAGCUGCAUCCGUCCAAGUCCCCAUCCCGCCGAACUCAAUGGUCUCCAGACAACAGCUUGGCAGUUGGCCAAACUCGGCUGUCUUGGGCCGGUCUCUGCAUGUGAAUGCCUCUGAUCCAUCCAAGCCUCAGAACAUUCGAGGUUCAAUGCAGCACCAGCCACAAGUAAUUGUUCACUCAUCAUCCUAUUCACCAGAAAUAAGUGGUUUUCCUAAUGCCAGUUUGAAUAAGUCGACAAGUCCUGGCAGCUUGUUCUCCUACAGCAGUUCGGAAAAUUCUCAGGAUGCAAAAAGUGAUGUUUUAGUUGACAUUCUGAAUACAUCCCCCGUUGUCGGUGGUGCAGAGAGCAGCCCUUGUGAUGAUGUAUUCUCAAGUCUGUUACGUAAUUCUCCGAAAGGAGGUAAAGAACUGAGAUCAGAGAACUUGUCUCCUGGCAGGGGUGGGUUGAACAUACAGCAGGAUGCGUCACACGAUCCAUUACUAAGUCAGCUGGACACCAUUCCUAAUAUAAGCGAGCCAAAAGUUGACAGUCCUGGUGCAGCAUUACGCUCCGAGCCCUUCUUAGACCUGGCCAGCACCAGCACACCACUACCUCAGCAGUCACUUCCACAAGAUCUCAUCUCGUUGCUCACCAAACAGCUGUCAAAGUCGCAGGUUGAGGAUAUCUUCCCACCGGUGUUGGCCAUGACACCCAAAGGGACUGGUGAGGGAUACGGUGUUGGUUUGGACCUGGAUCAGAUCCUGACAGAGAUGUUCAUGGAGUCCAACACUAACAAGGAAGCAGAGAGUGGUACCUACAAGCCCGACUCUGCCCCGUUGUCGGCCUCCUUGCUUGCUGAUUGGUUGGAGGUUAGUGGCAACAUGGAUGCCAAGGAGGUGAUGGAGGAUCUACAGAAGGAGCUCGGGCUUGGAUCACCCAUGUCACUUGCAGAAUGAAUGGUUUAAAUCAGGAAUCAUGAAAUCAAACAUUUUGGUAUGUGAUACAGUCUGGAACUAAGAAGGUCAAAUUGUGGGUGUAUGUCCAAAAAUGAAUCACUUGUAGACGCUCGUCUUGGUACAUGGAGAUCAAAUGUACAGCCAAGAUACAUGUAGUUCAAUGUCCGUCGGCCUUUGUUGCCACGUGGCCUAAUGUGCUGCUAAGAUUGUUCAGCCUUUUCCCAAACAUUUAGUGCUGGCUUCAUAUUUCUUAUUUUGCACCUUUACAUCACAAAAUGUGUUGGAGAGUACCUUACAGCAUUACUUGAACAUGCUUGAUUACAGAGAAUCACAGCCUUUAAUGGUCCUCAUGUUCAAUAUUUGUAAGAUUAGGUCAUUAUCGUCAUCAUCUUUACGCAUCAUGCAAUUAGUUUUCAUGAAGUCCAGUCCACAAUCAAAGUGAGACCAUUAGUCUACAGCUCAGUGACACUGCGAGUUCUCUUAUACAUCAACACAUCCAUCUACAUUGAUAUGUACAUGUAAGUUGCAUGGGUGGGAACUUAGUAGAAACAAUCCUUGCAAUUUACUGAGCUGAAAAAGAAAUCCACAACUAUACUUUUUUCAUCAAGUCUAUGUUUGAUAUAUUCAUUAAACAACAAGCUCCUUAUAAUUUGUAUAGAACUUCUUUCAACAGAUAAAAGUUCAACUCACUCAAUUUGUCAAGAGAAAUAAAUUGAUGAAAAUUGA